UCCCUUUAGAACGAGGGGCGUUCGGUGUCUAAUAUGACAAAAAAACUACGUAAUGUUUACAUUUGACAAAAAUAGGAAUUUUUGAAAAUAAAUUCCUUUUAAAAAAAUGAACGACAAUAAUAAUAGUGAGGACGAAGAACCUUGUAAAUUAUUUAUUGUCGAGUGCAACGAAAAAUCCGAUAUGCAGAAGGACAAAGUGAGUUUGUGCACCCUGGAAGAUUUUCAAGAAAUCGAAUAUGUGCAGGUGAAAGAGGAAAAUCACCCGGAUAGUUAUCUUUCGAAAGUCGAAGAGGACGAAACUUAUAAGAUCACUCCGGAGGUUACUAUUACAAUGAAAAAGCCCAAAAAAAGAAAAUUGUACCCUUGUGAUGUUAUAGGGUGUAACAAAUCAUAUACGAAGAGCUCUCAUGUGAAAGCACAUAAAAGGACACAUACAGGUGAAAAACCGUACAUUUGCACCUGGGAGGGAUGCAAUUGGAAAUUUAAUCGAUCCGAUGAAUUGCAACGACACUAUAGGAAACAUACUGGAGCCAAACCGUACGAGUGUGCGGUUUGCGGGAAAGCUUUCAGUAGGGCAGAUCACCUGAAUUUGCAUUUUAAAAGGCACAACAAUUUGGUCUGCUAACGAAGCUAGUGAUAUUAUGUAAUUUAUUUCCUUGAUAUGAAAUUAUUAUUAAUUAAUACAACAAAAAGAAGUAUAUAUACAAAGGAACAACUUGAUCAUACAAAUUAAGUAUUGAAAAUACUUAAUUUGCUUUAUAUAUUAUGUACUUUUGUAUAUAAAAUAUUUAUAUAUAUUUUAUUAAAUCUUUCACCAUUCAAUUGGAUUAUGGUGAAUUAAAAUGAUAAACCAAAGUGAAUUAAAGGAUAAUGCCCAAAUUACAGAGACAAUAAAGUUUAGGUACGGUUUUAGUCUCUUUGCUCAUACCUUUAUGAUUAUUUCUUUUAGGCAUUUAAAUAAUUAUGAUGUAUUAAGUUUACGUACUAAUUAGGGAAAGUGGGGCCACCAUUAACGUGCAAAUAAAAAUUAUUUAUAUGCAAUGGAGAGUAACGAACGGCUUGGCUUGGGUACAUCACCUUUCCAUGUUCUGUCUUUCUCAAGUACCUUACUACAAAACCUUCAGUUACAUAAAUAACUUCAUCAUAAAUAGACCAGCAUGGAAGAAGAUCUAUAUUUGAAUUGCUUGCAGUAUGAAACCCCACUCUCCCUUAUUUCUUUAAUUAAAAAUUAACUGGUGUUAUAGUAUGUAAUUGUUAUUUAGGAAACCAAAGAAUGUGAAUAGUUAAGGACGUUCUAAGGAACUGUUAUCCUGCAGAAUCGGUAUUGUGAUAUACAGUUCUUGAAAUAUUAUGACUUAGUAGUGUACCACCACAGAAAGCAAGAGAAACCCAGCUAUAAAAUACAACUUCUUUUGUAUGUAACAAAAAAAAAAAACGGAAAUUACACUUAUCUUAAUUAUAUUAAAAUGUAUUAAAAUUUUAAGAACUGUAUAUGUCUUAUCCAUGCAUUGUAAACAAAUCCGUAGAUAUGAAAAUAAAGGUCAGUGAUUUUUA